AUGUUACAGGCUGUUGGUGGUGAAGAGCCCCUUGUUUUCAAUGCUCCCCUUUCUUCAUCUCCUGUGAAGGAUCUGCCUUCUACCUCCAGCCUGUCCUUUGUUCUCACCAGCCCACAGCAACGGCCUCAACACUCCACAAAAUUACCAAGGAAGUCCUUAUCUGGCAGUUACCUUGCUUUCCCUGUGAUCAGGGAGAGGCUGUCACCAUCUCCAGAUGAUUGUGAAACUGAGAUGCUUCAGAUGGCUGACAGCAUGUCCUCAGUCAUUGAGGAUGACCCAAAAGACACGAGCUUCAGCCUCAGUCAACAAUCAGCAUCAAGCGCAACCUCCAGUUCAUGUUCCACAGAAAGGCAAGGGGAGUGGGAUAAAAGAAAAUGGAUUGUGAACGAGUCUAGCCUCAUGACACUGUUUAGAACAUGCCAUACAUGUGCCGUACCCAUCACUGAUAAAAAAGUCACAACUGCAGGCAGCCAAAUAAAGAUUGAAUGGACAUGUAUGAACAAUCACCAUGGCAGGUGGGCAUCAUGUCCUGAUACAAGAGGAAUGGCACAGAAUAACCUGCUUGUUUCUGCUGCUAUGCUUUUCUCUGGAACGACUUUCACUGAAGUACACGACUGGGCCAGAAUACUAAACUUGCAACUCUUGCAGAAAUCGCAGUACUACUCCAUCCAAUCACACUACCUUAUUCCAGUAGUACACUUUGCAUACAGGAAUCAUCAUGAGAAUCUCAUCAAGCGCCUUAUGAGACAAAAGGCUGAAGGCGAGUCAAUAGAGCUGUGUGGAGAUGCAAGGUCUGACUCACCAGGCUACAGCUGCAAGUAUUCCACCUAUUCGUUUCAGCUUCUAUCCACUAAUGAGAUCAUCCACUUUGAACUACUACAGGUAACGGAAGCUAGCAGUUCAGUUGCCAUGGAGUCCCAAGGCUGUAGGAGAGGCCUCAACCAUCUAAUUUUUAACGAAGGACUAGACAUAGAUCUCAUCACUACAGAUCGGGCCCCAUCAGUUCGGAAAAUAAUGAGGGAGGAAUUCCAUAUGAUUCAUCACGAGUUUGAUACUUGGCAUGUGGCAAAAGCACUCGCCAACAAAAAGGAAAAUCGGGAACUGAAGGGCUGGCUUCGGUCGAUCCUCAAUCACUUUUGGUUCUCGUGCUCCUCUUGUGGUGGGAGUGCUGAGGAACUGAAGCGACGGUGGACCUCAGUCCUUCACCACAGCUGUGGGGAGCACACAUGGGAGCAAGAUGGUAGAAAGUGGGCAUGUUUUCACCCUGCUUUACACCCAGAUGAGCAAAGGACAAAGCGAUGGCUACACCCAGAGUCUCAGGUGUUCAAGGCUUUACGGACUAUUGUAGAAGAUAAAAGACUUCUGAACGACUUUGAGCAGUUGACUCGCUUCAAACACACAGGUGCUUUGGAGGUGUACCACAGCAUUAUGCUAAAGUAUCUGCCUAAACGACUGCAUUUUGGAUACGACACCAUGGUAGCUCGAACACAACUAGCCAUCCUGGACAACAAUUACAAUGUUGGCCGAGAGCAGGCAGAAACUUCUGAAGGAUUUCCAAGAUACAGUAUGACAUUCCCAAAACAAAGCAAGGAAUGGAUAGUCAAGAAGAUCUAUGAGCCUACAAGUCAGGACUUCACGAAACACCUCAUGGAACGCGUGUUGGAGAGAAAGGAGGAAAGAGCACCGGAAAAUAUGCCACAUGUCCAGCAUCCUCCUAACAUUGCCACUAAGGAGAGACCCCCCAAAGAAGAUCUCAUCAGGAAACAUAAAUCCAGAUUCCCUUGCCACACUGAUGCUUGAGAAACUAAGGGCCUCCUUACAUUAGGGA